GCAGCGAGAGAGGAGCGGCUUCGCGUCGUGUGAUCGUUCGUGGCGAUUGAAAAAAAAAAAAGAAAAUGGCACGCGGCUUUUCUUGCUGGUGGACAAAGCGAAGAAGGUGUACUUCCACGAGAUAUUUUUACAGAACGGCAAAUAAAUGCCAAGGAUCACGUUAAUGAUCCAACGAACGGUUUGACAGAAGAAUUAGCGGGAGACUUGACAGCAAGAGACCGGUCGGAGAGACAACUACGUGCUUUGCAACGCGACAGCGAUUAAUAAUCACGAUGGCGAAAGAGAUGAUGAUAGUAUUUAUUUACGACACUGCAAAGUGUUGUAAAGAAGAGGAUGACCCUGCUGAAGCAGUCAUGUAUUUUCAUCCGGCUUGGGUAUCACUCACACAAAGAUUGGCUUUAGCAGGACAGUUAAUGGGCGUAUACCAUUUCUUGGCAACAUCGUUUUCAGCACCACGCUCUAUCACAUUGCAAGGUGGAAAAUUUGUGUUGAAGAAAUUUGGGCAGUAUGUGCUGGCAGUGGGGACUGACAGAAAUAUACAUGAUUGGAUACUCGAAAGACGUGCUGACAUUUUGGAAUCAUUGUUGAAGUUUUUCCACUGUGAUCUCGUAAAGAUACUAGAAUCCCUCAACAAUGAUCGCAAUAGAUUUACUGAGAAGUUGUAUCAAAUGUUUGAGACUUAUCUGCCAAUUCUUCAACACAGUGCCAAUCUAUUUUCAAGUAUUCCUGUAAUUAAACUUCCAAAGAGUGCUAGUAACAUAUUUCUGGAAGGCAUGCAAAUGUUGCAGCAUUAUCAAGAGAUAAACGGAGUUUUAGGAGGAGCAUUAUUCUACAAUAACAAGAUAGUCUCUACACAACUAGGAGCAGACUUAACAAAACAAAUUGUUAUAACUGAUCCUUAUAGGAUAAAGGCUCCCGCGGAAAGGAUAUCUACAGAAUUUCAUUUACCGAUCGGUGUUCAAUUGUUACAAGUGUACAUAGAACGAAAGCAGUUUGCAAAACUGAUGCAAGAGGCGAAUAAUGAACGAUAUUACAAUUCAUGUCUGGACACUGUGACUAAGAAGAUAUUGCAGAGAAAGAAUGUGUCUAAGAGCAGCUUUAAGGAGCCUCUCACCAUGUCCGCCAUGAAGCGCGAUACUUCGCGGAUAUUCACCGUUCCCGAGGAAGGUGAACUAGACUCCACAAAUUAUCCGCCAGCGCUGCAAUAUGUGUCGUCGGUUCCACUCGCGAUCAAUCAUGUGUCGCCGAUCAGACGCAAGCAGGAGAGUAAACCAGAGCGUCCUAAGAUUAGUGGUACCGUUGUCAAUCCGCUUACGCCCAGUGUCUGCGCGACGCCGUUAAAGGAUAUAGACCGAGUGUUACACGGAAAUGCUAUGCUUAUCUGCUCGUCCGAGAGCGGAGGCGAGACUGACGAACAUCGAACCUCGUCGAAAAGCAACGAUGACGAUGAUAUUCCUGACGUCGUCAAAGAAGCGCUCAGAUGCAAACGUUUGAAUAAACUGAGAAACGCUACCUCGAAGAAAAAAUGGAUGAAGAGAAAGGAUCCCGACCGGAAGAGUGUGAGCCUGCCGGAUCUGACGUCAUCAGUUAAACCGCGCUUGAAUAGUAUUCCUUAUCGACCGGAACUGGACAAAAUAUUGUCCAAGUUUAGUGAAGCUUCACCCGAUGAUCCGAAUUCACCUCUGCGGAAACUCACCGGAAGUGAUAAACGAUACUCGCGUACUAUCACUGAUCCCUGUUAUCCUGUUUUCCGAUGUGACGGUCUCCCGGUAUCGCAAUCAUUAUACGAGCAAUAUAUCGCUUCGCAUUGUGAGGAGCUGCGUGAUGACGGUGAAGACAGCAAUGGUAUUCAUGGGCGUUGCAAUGGCGACAAUCUACAAUCAAAGAAUUUAUCGAGCGAUUUGAGCGCGAAAUUAUCGAUAAAUAGUAGUUCGAGCUCGAUCACAAGAGAUGCUGACGAAGAACGCAAAUCUGGCUACGAUAAAAGCAAACAGGAGACAUACAAAAGAUCGAUGAGUCUACCGCUGAAGCCGCUUAACGUUGUCGCCGAAGUACAAGACGGUGACGAUCGGCGAAGAUCGACAUCGGAAUGUGGCGGCAACUCGUAUGAUUUCCCGCAGAGACGAAAGCUCGAUGGUCUACAAUUAACACCACUGAUGUCGAAGCUGAGCUUGCUGGCAGACGAACGAACCAGCGGCUUUUGCAGUCGCGAUACAACGCCGAGCGAAUUUCGUGAUCUCUCCGGAUUCUCCGGUGGCGCAACCACAACUAUCGCUACAACAACGACGAUGAAUCAAUUGAUGAGACAGAAGCUGGAAUCAGUUGAGAAGGAGGCCAGCGAGGGCGAGGACGAGCUGGACGAAGACUGGGUCAACAAGGACGAUCCUGCCGUCUGCCUCGAGAAGACUGAGCUUUUUCUCUGUGGCUAUCAAAAUAUGGUGUUGGUGCUGCUGAUGGAAAAUGGUACUGCGAAUAAUCCGGAUUUGAUACAUGCUCUGUGGCAUACCUGCGUGAGCACGUUGGGUAAGCUCGAGUCGCGAUUGCAACAGUGUCUUGAACCAAUGCCGUCAACAGAAAACAAGGAACUGUACAGUAUUCUAAAUGUAGACCCGCAAUGGGAUACGGUGCAACGUUCCGGACUUUGGGGCGUUACUGAGUUAGACAUUGUAUCUUGCCUCCAUAACAGAUUUACGCAAGCGAGCAAUUUGACGGACAUCAUCGUCAGAACGGAGGACAUGGUGGUUUACGGUAACCAAUCUGGAGGAAUAGAAGUAUUUUACCAGCAAGCGGUGGCACCAAGCGCUUUUGCGGUUCUUCCGACCCCGGCGGAUCUGAUGGGAAUCGUAGCACUUAAAGCAAGACGCCGAUUAGAAAGAGAUCAUGGAAUUGUGCUACUAUAAAUCCAAAAACGUACAUGGCUUCCCCUUUUUAGAGAAACUGAAAAAAGUAACACACAUACACGCGUUUACAAUUUCGCUUAUUUGUCCUCUGCACAGAAAACGAUGAGUUCGAAUCCAGUUCGUAUUCUGUACAAAGCAAAAAGAAUCGAAGACAUUCCGUCAGUUAAAUCAAGGUGAGAUAAUAUUUUAACAGGAUAUGCUGAACAUUUUUCUACUAAUAUUUUUGUAUAAUCUGUGAUUUUCCAAUGUAUCGAAUAUAAAAUUCCAAGAAAAUUGGUUAUGAGAAGGAGGGAAUAAUCGAAGAGAUUUUUUUUUUAUAUCGCUGAAAUGUAUCUAUAGUAUUCCUAUAGUUAGCGUUAGACUAUGCGUGUAUUCGUGAUUCAUUUAUAAUUCGUGAAUAAUAUAGAUGGAAGAUUUGCCAAAAUCGACUAAUCAUAUUUCUUCAUACUGUUCACGAAUCACAAAUUGCGAAUACGCGCAGUCUGGCGUUAGCUUAUCACAUUGCAGUCGAGAAAUUUUCUACGAUAAUAAGUAUAUAAUAAUUGUUGAUCAUCCAAUUUCUAUUUUACCAUCUCAUUAAUUGUGCAGAUAUCAUAGCAAAUGUUAUUUGUAUUAUAUAUGUUAUUGUAUAUAAGAUGUCUUAGAAUCGACGGAAAGUAUAGAUAUACAGAGUUAUUGCCUUUAAAACUGGAAAGCAGUUUUUAAUAUUUUAUUUUAUUUAUUUUAUUUUAUUUAUUAACAAAUAUGUAUUCUGAGAGAUUUUAAUAGUUCUAUAAAUCAUUAAAAAACAAAAAUUUCUCGAGUCUCAGACUAAAGAGUUUUAGAAAUAAAUAUAAAUAAUAGUAUAUUAUUAAACGAUUCAAUUCCAAAUUUUACUUCGCAAGAAAUAUGUAUAUAUCUUCAUUGUUCAUCAAUUCUCGAACAUCUUAUAUAUAAUUGAUUCAUUGUAUAUAUCUGUACGUAUAAUAAGCCAUUAAGUUAUUUGCACUUUAACCGAUAAGAGUCCAGUUUUGCUAGAGCGAAAAUAAAGUUGAAAAUAUAUUCGCGAGAGGAGGAAGACGGAGGUCAGUAUUCAAUUAACACGCUGCGUCCAGUAUUUAUAAUCACCCGAACUGCUUUUAUAGGUAGAAAAAAAAAGAAAUAAUAGUGAUAUUUAUAAAAUUCGUCAGAAUCGUCUGAAUUGGCACUGUCAAUUGUAAAUUGUAAUGUAAGAAUAUUUUAUGCAUUUUUUUUUUUUUUUUGGUUUUUUUUUUUAACGAUGAUGUUAUCGUCGUUUUGAUGUUAAAUCCGUUUUCGUCUCGCGAUAUUUAGAUAAAAAUUGAUGAUCUCGCGCAAUAAUCAUCCGCGAAACGAGUUUUUAAUAACAACGAUACGUGAAUAAUAUGCUAUGUCCAAAUUUUUAUAUUGCAGUUUAAAUGUUAUGUUAAUAUAUUGCAUUUUUAGCGAGCAGUUGCAAAUCGCAUUGCGUCACCACGCAUUCUACAAUGAUCUUAUCUUUAUAUUUGAUAGUUUUCCUUGUCUGUCUUUUAUUGAAGAAAGGAAAACUGUAAUAAAGCGAUUCAUCAUUU